CUAUCUGCUACCCUCGUUAAAAGAAUCUCCUUCUAGUUCUCCUACACCUUUUCCUAGACAUAUUCCCAUUCCCCUCCCCAAAUCCCCCCACAAACCCUAACAAGCAAACAAGCUAGUGAUUCUGAUUUAGCUCAGUUCAGCUCAUACAUUGAAGGUUUGGGAUUCAUACAACGUCAAUCAAAGAAGAAACUUUGUAGAUUCAGCAAUGGGGGAUAAUGAAUAUUAUCCAAGAGACCAUUACGCAGAGAGACAGCCAACAAGAACGACAUCAGAUUCAGCCUCAUAUUCAACAACUAGUGUUCAUGUAACAGCAUUAGAUGGUUUAGUCAACGUAAAUUCGCUAUUCACAAUUGCAGUUUUCGUAGGUUUGUCGUUAACAACACCAGGUCAACAUAGUUUAGAGAACAAAGAUAUUUGUGACGCUGGUAUUGAUGUUGCUAAACGGCUCUUAGUUUACGAAGUUGUUUCGUUUAGCUUUUUUCUCUUUUCUAGCUUAAUUGCUCAAGGAUUAAAACUUGCUAUUAAUCUUCUUAAUAGUAAAGAUGUCGAUGAAGGUUUACGUGCACACAUUAACAUUAAGGUCCUAAGGUUUGGAAUGUUGGGGUCGGCGAUCGGGUCAGUUAUGGGAUGUAUUUUUCUGAUGUUGUCGAUGGUGAAUGUUAUUGAGAUUAGAUUAGGGUUAUUGUCUUGUGGUAGUAAAGCUGCUGUUCGUGCUGUUGCAACCUUGACUACAUUGGUAUCAUCUGCACUUGUUGUCUAUAUUACCACAGCUUUCUAUGCUUUUACUCAUUAGAUCAUAGUGUAUUUGUAUACAGUUUAAUUUUAUGAAUCCCUGCAUUUUCUGUAGUGUUUAUAUGUACAUUUGAUGGAUUUAAUUUUGUAUUUUGUGAUAAGUAUAACAGCUAUCUGGUAGAUAAUUUUGUA